CUAAUGUUGAUAUCAUUACCGAUACCAUUAAACCUGGAUCUCCAUCAUGGCACCCAGAAUCAGCGCACAGGAUAGGGAAGCUCUCAGGACUCUGCCCCGGUUGAUGCAGCGCAAAGUUGCCGGGGCAUUGCGUGGCUCAGUCGAAGACCUCCGAGACGUUGUUGGUAGUCUCAAUCAACUCAAGGAUGUCAUGUCACUAUUACUUCCCGUCUUUCAUGCUCAACUUGAGGCGUACCCCGUCCCGGACGGAAUUAGUCCUGAUGUCGUGCCAGUGAUCAUGCUCGCCAAAUGGUCCAUGGGUGGCAUUGUGCAAAUUUGUCAUAACCUCGGCAAUAAUAUCAGUCUCGGAGAACGCCUUGUCCAUGACGCUGUGGCUUCAAAGUGGGAGAUGCUCUUCCCGUGGAUGCAGUUCUUCAGCUACAACUUCCUCCCUCCUUCACAAAGACCUGCUGUCCUCCCGCAUGGCCUGUAUGUUAGCACUUACGAGGCCCUUAGGAUUACCAUACAUCCACUGUCAACCUUAUGUCAAUUCACAACAACUGGCAGACAGUUGAUGAGGACAAAUCCCACUGUUCAAGCAUUUUUUUUUCGGGCUUGGGUCAUCGUGGACGGGCUGAAGAGCGAUGAUGUCGCCGAUCCUCUUCGAGAAGGCGACAAAAAUCUCAGUGCACUGAUACGGGCGAAUAUGUGCUCGCUCAGCGUUAUUUGCAUGGAAGACACCCCAGCAUCUUUGCCAGUAUCCAUCAUCGCCUCUGCUGCCGGCGGAACCUUCCCCAUGGCAUCAUUAGCCCUCCGAUAUAUUCGUCAUAUGACUAAAGAGGUGUCUAAUAUGCCAGAGCCCCGGUUACGAACAAGAGAAAACGUCGACUUCUCGUCCAUGACAGUAUGUGCUACUGGCUUGGCGCAGGCCAUCCUCUUCAUGCAAUCCUUGGGCGAUCGAGAGGGUGGUUGUCAAGAACUGCUCCUCCAAAUUGGCUCAAUUCGUACCGUCCUACAUGCUGUCAAGACACUCUGGGAACGGCUCCUAACCCCUGCUUGGAAUAGCUCGGAUAAUGAACCAGAUAUAGGGCUUGCAGCGCGACGCAGAGUGCUAUACAUUGCGUAUCGCUAUAUCGGCUAUUCAAUGAAUUGCGCAGAUGACUCUGCUUUGGUGAUAUCCCAGGCCCUUCAACACGGUCUACUUGAAUGUCUUCUGCGGACUGGGUCAUCACGAGCUGAACGCGUUGACAAUGCCAAACGCUUUGAAGAUGACCACGACAUUCAGUUACUCAAAGAACUUCCCCGGUUCUUCGUAUUCUCGAAAGUGCUACGUUCUCUUCAACCCGCACUUCAGAGAAUAGAUCAUGUCGACCUUAAAGAACGAGCAUCCCAAGACCCCGUGCUGUGGGAGGUAUGGCAAGCCGUUGACUCCGCAGCCCAUACCUUCACCAAUUUUCACGAGCUUCCUGAGGGAGCUCCUUUCUACCGAUAUCAUUGCGGUAGCCCAACAUGCUCUCUCGAUUUCUUCGAAGACGAUGUCACAGCAUAUCGUUGUUCAGGGUGCUUUUUGACGCGUUACUGCUCAAAGAGUUGCCAGAAGGACGCUUGGGAAUCCGGUCACCGUAUUCACUGCCGCAUGCUGCGUUCUGCUGUCGGCAAUCAUGAUGUACGCGAGAUCCGCAAAAGUUUACCCGUUAUUGCGAUGAUCGAAUCUUGGAUAUGCGAAGAACGCGUCAAUGAAGUCAGGGCUCUCUGUCAUUCUGCCAAAGACCCGGUGAAAACCUCCGACGACGAUCGCUCCGUCGUAGAGGUGGACUUGUCCGUUUAUCCCAUUGAAUUGAAUAUGUAUUCCCUGCGGGAAUAUUUGCUCGUUUGCGGCUCUCACACUUUCGGACGUGGAGUUGCUGAUUCGAUCACGACCUCAGAAGACAGCCCGUACGAUCUGGUUGCGGUCAAGGUCAGGCUUGGGAGGGAGUAUUAUUCUCUGUUCAGCCCAGCCACAGCUUUGAACAUCGCGUUUGGGUGGACGUCGGGCAUUCAGGGAGGACGAUACAUCCAUGAACAUUGUCGGACACCUGAUCCAUGAGAUUCUGUAGGACGUCCUCCGACGACCGAGGUACAGCCACUUGGCACGCUGGGUCUCAGACGAGGUGCGGUACUGUUAGGACCUUGAAGGAGGAUAUAAAGGUCCCAGAGCGUAGGUGAACUGUUGACAAAGCUAUGUUCACGGAUUCAUUUCGUUGUGAACGUAGUUCGCAGGACCGCAUCAACUGGAGGCCUUCCACAUUAU